UUUGCGUUGACAAUAUUAAGAUUCUUUAAGGAAGUUUUGUAGAUUAAUCUAAAUCUUGAGAUUAUGGGUUUGUUCAUUUUUAGUUUUAUAACAUUAACUCUCGGUGUCCUGGCAUUUCCAGCAGAAGAGGAAUACGGUUUGGAAACGUCGCCUGUAACUACCAACGCAGUUAAGGAUGAUUUGGAAACUUCUGAUACCUACGGUAUCGCGUACUAUCCCGGUUACUACGGUGGCGGAGUUGGUAGUAAUAUAAUUCCUGGCCCUGGUUUUGGUGUUGGUGCAAUUGCCCCUACUCCUUUACUUACUACUUCUCUUCUCGCUACUCCCGUGUUUAGUGCUCCUAUCGUUGGUCAUUCUUAUAAUCCAUCCUAUAGUACUUCGUUUCCUGGAACGUCUGUUAAAGUGCGCCCACAUAUUAGUUAUGAUCACGGAAACACCUUCAAAUAUGGCGGCAGUUAUGAUACUCGCUAUGGUUACGGCAAAGGUAUACCUAUCAAUGAAUACCAACGUCGUCAACCGGUCUACAUUGGAUUAAAUUAG